CCCCCGCAGCCCCGCCCCCGUCGCCAUGGGAACAGCCGCGGCGGCCCCGCUCGCGCGCUGCGCGCCGGCCUUGAUCUCCUCCGUUCCAGGGGCGGGUGGGGUGUGCUGAGCCCGGGCCGCCGCCGCCGCAGGGAAAGGCUGAGGACAGAGCCGGCGCCGGUCCCAGGAGAGAGCGCGGCCGCCGGGCGGUCGGUCCCCGUCCCGGUCGAGGUCAGGGGCGCAUGGCGAUGUGAGCCAUGAGCGCGACGUGGACCCUGUCCCCGGAGCCACUGCCGCCGUCGACGGGGCCCCCGGGGGGCGCGGGCCUGGACGCGGAGCAGCGCACGGUGUUCGCCUUCGUGCUCUGCCUGCUGGUGGUGCUGGUACUGCUGAUGGUGCGCUGCGUGCGCAUCCUGCUCGACCCCUACAGCCGCAUGCCUGCCUCGUCCUGGACCGACCACAAGGAGGCGCUCGAGCGCGGGCAGUUCGACUACGCUCUGGUCUGAGGGGCGGGGCGUCCGGCGGACCCUCUGCGGGCUCUCCCGGGAGCGGCCCCACCGGGACGCAGCCCCGGAGCCCCCAGCCCGCGGAGGCGGGGGCAUAGGAGUCCAGCCCCUCCCCCACAGCCGCCUCCCUUCCUACCCGGCCCCACCUCGUGUCUUUCUCUGCCCUGACCCCGCGUCCUCUCGCUACAACCCACCGGCCCGCUGGCCCUCGAAUGGGAACCCCAGUGGGAAGGCCCCCAGCGUGUGGGUGGCUCUGCUAUUCUGCCACCAGGCAUGAGUGUCACGUCCCACCCCACCCCCAUCCUCGCCACCCCCAUAGGUGUUGAGUCCCUCCUUGGGCUCCUGCCCUGCAUGGCGGCCACUCCUGGGCCCACGGGGGCCCCCCUACGCCCGGGACAGCCCACCCCGGGGCCGGAGCCUCCCAGCUGGGUCCAAGAUGGAUCGCGGCGUCCAUGGGGGAGAGCGCCAGCGGCCUCACUCCCGCCCCCAGCCCAGGUCAACGCGGCCCCUCUGUUGGUCACCACCUCCGCCUCCCACCGCCCCUCCUGCCAUCUCCCCCCGAGUCCUCCCGCCUUCGCCCCCACGCCCCUCCGCAUCCCCUUUCCCCCUUCCCCGCCUCUGAACUGAGGAUGAGAAUAAAAGCCGUAACUACUGA